CCUUCAAAGAAAAGCAAACACAGUCUAGACCUUUGCAGUUUAAUCCAAUUAAGCAUAAGGUGCUGAAUACAGAAUUAAAACACUUGUAUACUGCUGUCACAAGAGCGAGAGAUCAUGUCUGGAUAUUUGACGCAGACAAGGAAAAACGAGCUCCAAUGUUUGAGUAUUUCAGAGCUCGGAAUAUGGCGAAAAAUACAACAGAGAGUAAAGAAACAGGUAUUUUAAUGCAUGCUGAAGAUUCAACUCCUGAAGAUUGGUUUGAACGUGGGAUGGAGUUAAUGGAACAAAGGGUGUACAAGACUGCAGCAAUCUGUUUCAGUCGAGGAAAUGAUUUGAAAAUGGCUAAAAUUGCUAAAUCCCAUCAAAAGGCACAGGAAGCAAUGAACUUGCGAGGCAAAGCAUCAAGAGAUAAAGAAAGGAAGGAAAUGUUUCUUUCUGCAGCAUACGACUUUCUGAAGUGUGAAAUGCCGUCUAAAGCAGCGAGAUGUCUUGAAUUGGCACAGGAAUAUUCCUUACUUGCCUCUCUUUACGAGAAUACAAAUCAACUCGAAAAAGCAGCUGAUACUUAUGAAAUAAAGGGAGAUCCAAUAAAAGCCAGCGAAUGCCUUGAAGAAAUCGGAAAAUAUAGACAAGCAAUACACCUCCUUUGCGCUAAAAAGCAAUUCGAAGUUGCAAUUGAAUGCCUUCAUAGAUAUGUGUACCUAAAACAGACUUACGAAAGGGAAAACGAGCCGUUUCCGGACAGGCUUCUUAAAAAUUCACCAACGCCUUUUCAAACAGUAAUUCAAUUAAGUCAGAUGGCAGCCAAUCAGUUCCACUUGCAAGGGGAUGUUGAUAAAAUGAUGUCAUUCCUUCAACAAAUUCCAGACUUACAAGAUAGAAUAGAUUUUUUGGCAGAGAGGAAUCGUACAGAGGAAGCAAUAUCGUUACUUAAAUCACCAGGACAUGAACGGCUUCUCAUUGACUUUUAUCUAAAAUGUGGUCAAACGGAGAAUGCCCUAAAAUAUGCAGAGAACAUUGGGGACGGAGAAUUGAGAAACAGAUGCCUUUUUGAGGAUUGUAAAUCUCUAUAUUGUGAAGGAAUAUACCUUGGAAACAUACAAAACGAAAUAUGUAAGAAGCUAAUCGGGGUUUUUCACGCUAUGCAUGAUUCAAAAGAUAAAGUUUUAGCUGGAAAAGUGGCUUUGUUAAUUGGCAAAAUUUCAAAGGAUCAAGAAUAUGUGCAGAAAGCAUAUGGAGAGUUUAAUCAUUGCAGGCCUAAUCCAAAUAUAGCAGGACAACAAGAAUGUAUGGAUUGGAUGAUAAAUCACUCAGACCUAAGGGAUAAAGGAAAUCAAGUUAAGUGCAUAUUAGGUAUGGAAACUCUUUUCAAGGCAUUGUCUAUUUUAAUUUAUCCAAUAAAUGAAAGUGAAAGACAGCGAAUGGCGGAUGUUUUGGAGUACUUUGGCUAUCAUACGACCUAUGGAAACAGUAAUCUUACUGUUUAUCCGUCACAAAAACCUAUGGCGCUAAAGAUUUCACCAAAGAUUGAAAAAUCUAAAGAUCACUUAUGUAAAGUAGAAUUAAAAACUGCUAAGAACGAUAUUUGCUACUAUCUCAUUCAGCAGGGAGAAGAAUGGAUGCAGAUAUUGGAAGAUAUUCUAAUGAAAGAAAAAGGUUACCUUCUGUCAGAAUUUAUCGAUUCAAGUCCAACCGAUUCAGAUCUCUUCUUGGAUUUGAUACAAAUGGAUAUACUUUUAGUUGAACUUGAGGCCCAUGUAAGAACAGGUUCCAAAAACUUUAAAAGAAGAAGUAGCGGCUUCAGCUUGAGUUUAAAAAGUCUUGACGUCUCGACAUUUGACAGAUGUAAAGAUAUCAUGCUAGAUUUGUUUCCAGAUGAUGGCAUAGUCAGUAUGUCGAAUUUCAAACCUGGAGGAAUUUUGAAAGUGCUAAAAUAUAUUCGAAAGAUUCAAAAAGGCUACUUUCGACAAGCUAUGAAGUCAUUUGUAGAUAGCAUGGCUGAGGAUAUGAAAUUCGACGUAAAACACAAUCAUAUUAUUUAUUUUGUAAGUUUCUUGUUCAUCAGAGAUGUAUUUGAUGUUCGUACAGGCGAAGAUCCUGAUACAAUUCUGCUUGAGAUGGAAGAGGCUUAUUUGCAUGAAACAGGUUGUGAAUCUCCAAAUUUGAGGAUAUCUCAUGGCUUUGAAAUAAGUGACGAUCUAGAACAUGGAGUGAAAAUUUCAUCACUUUGUCGAUAUAUGACCUCUAGUCAAAAGCUUUUAAAGUCCGGGAAGCCUAUCGAGGCUCUAUUAGAAUUUUCCAAAUUUUGUCAUUUGCUUUGUCAACAAGAUAUGAGCCCCCUUUCAAAUUCUUCUCAUCUUAUGUACUGGCUGGAAUUUUUUAGUUGUCUUGCACUUUUUUCAACAGCAGCCUAUAUUGGCAUUUUGAAGUCUAAUGAAUGUCAAUUUAUUCUUCCCAAGUCAUACCAUUUGAAUGCCGUGUCCAUUUAUAUGACAUUCCAAAAUAAAGACACUCUAAUUCAAGAUUUGUGCAAAAAGAAAUAUCUACAGAAAUAUGGCAGCGAUCUUCUGAAAUCACCAGAAUGUAUCGUGCAAUUGUUAGAAAGACUAACUGACAGACCAGUUUCAUAUUUAAAACUAGAAGGGAACCAAACAAAAAACAAUCCAAAGCACGCACUUUUAGAGAGGUUGUUGAAGUUGUGUUUGCUUUUGUUUUGCAAUGUAAGAAAUGAGUUUCAUUCUGCAGCGGAAAUCGAAGAGAUGCUGGCUUGCAAAAUAUACUUUUUGAAUAAGAGCAUGGGAUUUCUCUUUAAAAAGAAGAAAACAUUAAUUGAAUGUUUACAAAAUAUUCAGUUCACAGGGCCACAUAAUUUCAAAGAGGCUUUGUCUUUUAUUGUUUAUCAAGAUUGUAUUGAUGAACUGCAAGAGCACACAUGGUGUUCUGGCAACUUUCAAAUAUCUAUUUGUAAUAAGGAAAAAUGUGAACAAAAAGACUUUUUAUCAUUUAAUACAGAGGCAAAGAUAAGAAGAUCAGAGAGCAUAUUAAGAACAAAACAGAAAGCGGAUGCUUUAAAGACAUUGCCUUGUACAAAAAAAUUAAGGAUAGAAAGUCUAGAAAGUGAACAUUUGAGUAUUUCAGAAGAAAACACACAGGAGACGGUUUUAUAUGAAAGGGAGUCUAAAGUUGACAUAAAACAGAGCAUUUCAAAAGAAAAUCCUAUAGAUGCUGAAGAAGAGAGUGCAAAAACUAUCGUAAAAUAUUUUCGUUACGUGUUGCUACAAAAAAGAGCCCCUCAAAUCAGUCAAUUGUUAAAAAAUAAACUUUUGAAGAAAAAGAUGACAGAAAUAGAUUCAUUGCUAGAAUGUUCAGAUGACAACAUUAAUGAAUGCAAAGUAUGUGGAUGUCCUCUCUAUAGGCCUACAGAUGAUACAGAAAUAAAAGAUUCUGCGACUAUUUUAUCGUAUUCAGAUGAGAAACAAAUUCAUGAAAGAACAACGACUGAUACAACGUUUAAUGAAGAAAACGAUGUGUGUGAUUCGUUUCACGUGUUUCCGUCAUCUUCAAAUGCAGAAAAACUUGAUGAUCCAUUUGAACUUUUACUUCGACGUGAUUUCUCAAAAGAGCCAAGACAUCUGGAAAACAUUACAGAACAUAAUGAAAGUCUUGAACAUCGUAAAAAGGAAACCGAAUACAUAACUUUUAAACUUAUGUACUCCAACGAAAUAUAUGACACUGUUAAAGAAAUUGAACGGUUCAUAAAAAAGCAUCAGAUACAAAACGAGGAAUUUAGUGAUCGUUUUGAAAACAUAUCAUUUUAUACAAACAGUCUUUGCAAAAAAGUUGGACAGCUAAAUGAAUUAGUUAAUCAUAUUGCAGAAGAGAAAGACUGGGGCAACAGCCAUGUUACAGAAAUUCUCGAAAGUGUUCGUCAUAAUUAUGAUAUUGUGAAAGAUCCUGUCAAAUUAAUCACAGAGCAGGAAAAAAAGAAAAGGAAAGAGUUGCGAAAUCAAAGGCGGCUCGGAAGCAGCGGGAAAGAAGACGAAGAUAAUCUUCAUACAAAGAAAAAGAAAAAGAAGAUGAAAGUCUUGCAGAAAUUCACUUUUUCUAGUUCUUCCACCGCAUUUAAAACCUAAAAAUAUGUUAAAUCUGCAUUAUCAUUACAUGUGAUGUGCAUUCAGGGUAAAAAAGAUAUCGAUGUACAUGUUUAUUUGUCUAUUCCAAAGAGAAAUCCAACUCUGCUUUUUAUAUACAGUGUGCAUCAUUUGUAAUAAGGACUAUAUGUAAUGAAAUUAUAUAACAUGGAUUUAUAUCAUAUUGACGUGUAUGAUCUACCGCACAUAUGUAUAGUUUUAAGGUCAUCACAAUCGGUUGCAUAUUUCCUAGAAUUUCAAUAAUUUACAUGUGAAUGUGAUUCCUAAAAUUGUAAAGAUUUUUCUUAUUUUUUUAUGUUUUAAGUAUUUGAAGAUUGAGUCCCUUAAAAUCGAAGAUGAAAAUCAUUGUUUUAUCAAGACAGAAAAGUUUGAGGAAUCACCUUAUAAUCGAUUUUAUAUAACAUGUCUUGGUAGACCGCAAGAUUACAAAAUAUAAUUGAUGAUGAUUGAACUGAUUAAACUAAGCUGGUAGAAUCAUAAAGAAAAUAAAAAUAAGAAAAGUGCAUUGAAUAACUACGAAAGUAGAUUAUUAUUCUAAGGUUCGAUGAUUUGUAAAAUUACACUGUUCGAUACAUUUUUUAGUUUACUAAUUUUACAGUUAAGGGUACUUACUGUAUAGGGGGAAAAUAACUCGCGGUGUUAAUAUUCGCUGUAUUCACGGUGUUAUUAAAUCCGUGAAUUCAAGAAAAAGUGAAUAAAUUUUCAAUAAUAUCCAUGAUUUAUUUGGAAAUUAGAGAACAAACUACGAUAACAUAGACUUCUAUACAUGUUCGUGCAGUACAUAAUCAUUUCAGUAAUUACGAGUAGUACUUGUCAUUCAGUUAUUUUAUUUAUCACGCUUUGCUUUAAUUCAAACAGGCAGAUAAUAACCUGUUUUUGUUAAAAAGCUGUUUAAUAGCCAAUGCUGGAUGUUUCAUCAAUCAAAACACGCCGGCCAGGGGUUUUAAUUACCCGUGCGUAACUAAUGUUAACACGUGUAUUUGUUACCUGCAUUAUCAUGCAUAUUAGUUGUUAUCGACAUUUUUGGUUUAAAUUUAAAAAUUCCUUCAAAUAAUUAUAUGGAACUUACUGAAGAUGUGGAAGGAUAGUGUUUUGUCGACAUGCAGGAAAGUCAUUUGACAUUUAUAGUCAAGACUUUUGAUCUUGCUCUUGUUUUAAUUAAUCGUCAAUUAUUUAUUAAAUCUAAUUAUUUAUAUAAACCUAGACCUUGUUGUUUUUGGAAUAAAGACAAGGGAUAUUACUUUUAUUAUAUACAUGUACCAUUUCCGCGAAUUCAAGAAACCGCGAUCGUGUCAGAUGAGGAGAAAACGUGAAAAUUACAACCCGUGAAAUUAUACCCCUAUACAGUACCACAAACAAAAAAUGGAUGCACGGGUUGACAUAUAUUUUAUGACUGAUUCAGAUUUGAAAUGACAUAAAUAAUAAAUCCCUGAAUUAUAAAGAAAUGGUAGGUUUUCCUUGGUAUUUAGAUAUGAGAUUUUAUUUUGCUUUCUAUAUAAUUCCAUACAAAAUUUGGCACAUUUUUUUAACUUUAUGACAAAAUCUUAAAUAAAUCUCCCAUUCUACUUGGUAAACAUUAUUCAGCUUACCAAUUUAAAUGUAAAUCUAUGAGAAAUAAUGCUGAUUUCUGAAAAAAAAGUUUGUUUGUGUUAUUUAUCCUUAAAAAACAAAAAUAGCCGGCAUCAGUGACGAUAAGGAAAAUUAUAUAUUAAGGACCUAUUUUAUAAGGAAUACCUCUCAUAACAACAAGAUGUGUUUUAUAUUUACAUACAUCCUAGAUGACUAAAUGAGAUCCAGCACAAGCGCAGGGAACAUAAUUGAUCUACUGCAAACAGAACUUUUCCAUAAAUAUAUCUUUCAGUUUCAACUGGCAAUAAAUUAUAAUGGCUUAUAGCAUGACGAAAUAUAUGAAUAUCAUGUAGUUGAUUUAGGAACAGAUAUGAAUAA